UUGGGAAUUGUAACUUAGUGCAUUAGUAGUAGGAGGAGGAGUGUUUGAAAAUUUACAGAAACUGCAUUUUCAGUCUGUUUUUAAAUACGACUUAUUGUCCAGCUGCCCUGAGUGUGUGGGCUGUAGGUAUCUGUUAUUAUUGGGCUGACUGACGCGAGACUUAAGCCACUAAAUCUGAUAGAAAUAGCGAUGUACAGCAUCUCUUUAAAACAAAGAGGUGUGCCAAGGUUGGUCGUUAAUUAAUGCACAUGAAAUUUAAACCUAUGAAGUAUGCUUUGAUACCUUGCUAAGCUUUUCUUUCUUUUCUGUUUUUUCUAAUUUUAAUUAACUGGUUGUAAAGGCAUUUGUGUCCUAAUCUGUGGGUUUCUCGAGCCCUGCUGGCUGAUAGGAUUUGGAUGGAAUUGAAAAUCUGGAUCACUUUUGAAUGUACAGAAAGAGCGGCUUCCUGCUUGUGUGCUGGCUGCAGGGGAUGUGAAUACAUCUUACUGUGGUAACUUCAAGCCCCCGGGGAGGGUUUAAUUGAAAGGAUUAUGUUCAUGUGAACAGCGUGAUGUACUAUAAAUACAUAUUAAUGAUGAGAGAGAAUUGCAUAGAGAAGGGAAGAGCAUUUCUUAAGCCGUGAAGUCAGGGACUGAACCUACAUCCCAAACGGUUGGGUUUGUGUUAGCUUCUCGGAGAUCCAGCCAUAAAUGCCUGCCUGCUGCUUAAUGACGGCACAGGGAAGGCACUGCGAGCAUGUGAAACAUGCCAGCAAGAAGGGAGCGAGCUGCUGGGAUGUCCGCUCACAUCCUGAUCACCAGUGAUGUCCCCUGCUCAGUCGCCUGCUUUUUGUCGGGAAGGAAAGCACCAAAAAGGAGAGCCCAGGCCGCAGCAGCACCUCUCAGGAGUUCUGUGCCGAUGGCCUUGGAUGUGGGAAAAUCCCUCUCUGAAGCCUCGCUGAGCCAGAAGGCCAAGUGCUAUGGAAGGUGGGACUACACAGACAUACACACGGACUGCCCAGAGCUGGCUGACAGCGUGCACUGGCUCUUAGAGGCAGAGGAAGCCAAACCCUCCCUGAAAGGGAUGGAGAGCCUGCCAAAGAGUGGACACGGUUGCUUGGUCGCUGGUAUCACCCAGAGAGGCUCGAGCUACUGCAGAGAAGCGUCUUCAGCCCCCACGUCCAGAUUUCCCAGGGUCCCUUUGGCACCCACGUCCAGAGCUGCUCGUGGCGGUGAUUCCCAUCCUCACCUCAGCCACCGUUUCCUCUCCUCGGAAGAGCAGCAGACGAAAAUGGUGGGCUGCUUGGAGCCAAUGUCCAGCGCUCCCAACGCGCAGAGCUCCACAGAGGUGAGCAGCAUUGCGGACGUCUCUCACGACAUCUCUACCAGCCAGUGCAGCCAAAGACCCCCGUCCCCCUUCUCCUCCACCCUGGAGUCCUUGCCUCAGCCGACCCCUCUCAGCCCUUCGCGGAGCCGCUCCAGAUCGAGCUUCUCUACCCUCUCUUUAGAAGAAAACAGCGCCUCCGAGCAGCAGGAGGUGAAGCAAUCCCCGGGCUCGCCAGCUGGUUUGGACGUGCCUCCUGCAGCCACCGCCACCUGGGACCUGCGGCGUCGGCCGGGCGUGACGGAAGGGAAGGCACCGCGGGCACGUGAGUCGCUCGCUCCUCUGCUGGAUGACCACAUAACUGUGGGGCGUGUGAGGAAGAUGUCAUCCUACCAGGCUGAUUACUGGGCGUGCGCCAUUCCGGACUCCUUGCCCCCUUCCCCAGACCGUCAGUCACCCCACUGGAACCCCAACAAGGAGUACGAGGACUUGCUGGAUUACGCCUAUCCGCUGAGGCCGAGGUACAAGCUUGGAAAGGCGCCAGAGCCUUUCUUCCACGAUUCAGGAAUAGAUUUGGACAGCUUUUCCCUUUCUCCCGAGGGCACUCUGACAUCCACCAGCAUCUACGGUCAAGGUUGGCAGGCUCAGGGAAGCAGAGAAAAUCCACAUCAGGGGUUUGGGGCCUCUGUGAGGAGAUACUCGACCCCAGUGUCUAGAAAACCAGGCUGUGUGAGAGCUAUCUCAUACUGUGAACCUUCAGCCACUGCAAAAGCAUCUGUUGCAAAGAGUGCUUCCUCUAAUGGCACAGCGGGUCCUUCCAGAGGUUUUCCUAAGGACUUAAGGAUGGAGAUAGCGGGGCUGAGUUCAUUUGAUCGCCCUGAUGUGGAUGGGAGAAGCUGGUGCCAUUUGAAAGGGAGCCCCUCGUCAAGUUACAAAGGACAGGCAAAAAGCACUAGCAGGUUUUUACCUACAACACAAGUGCUCCCCCUGAGGAAAGAGUGGGAUGGUGAUGAAGAAUUUCUUUCCCUGCCUCCUCGGCUCAGGGAGCUGGAGAGGUUGUCUCAGAUCUUGUCCGAACUUUCCUUAACUGAAAGGACAUCCAGGCAAGACCACCAAACCCCUCCACCUUACGGCGACAGCAAGUCCGAGCGGUCUCCUUUCAGAGCAGCAUGCAGCAGACACCAAAGAGAGAGCACCGAAGGUUUUGUUGGGCUGUGUCAACCCUACGGCUUCCAAAAGCCCAGCUGGGAAAACACUGGAUCGUGUAGCCAGGUCGAUAGGGAUCCUCUGAGCAGGCUUCACCUACCUGCAGAUGUCAGGGGCGCGUUGGACGGGAUGUGCCCCAGUGAGCUGGGUGCUAAGCGGCAUCCUAAAGAGAAGGGCCAGCAGGGCGAGUCCCUGGCCCAGUGCAUUAAGAUGUUUUGCUGCCAGCUGGAAGAGCUCAUUUGCUGGCUGUAUGAUGUAGCAGACCUCACGGACAGCUGGAUACCACCGACGCCAGACGCUGCGAGCGUGAAGGCAGCGCUGUGCCGUUACUUGGAGUUCAGGAAGGACGUGGCUGACCACCAGAGUCUGACAGAGAGCGUGCUGCAGCGGGGAGAAGCUCUCCUCGAGUGCAUGGCAUCGAAUUCACCAGCUUUGAAAGAAACGCUGGGCUUGAUCGCAAAGCAGUCAGAAGAGCUGGAGAGCCACGCGGAGCGCUUGUACAAGUCGGUUCUGGCUGCUGUGGAUCCUGUGCAGGGGGAGGACAGGGAGCAGGAUGACAGCACGCGGCAGGCAGCAGCUCAGUGGGUGCUGCCUCCAUCAGACCUGGGCUUUGUUGGCUGCUCUCAGGACGGCUGAGCAGAACCGCAGCACGCAACAAACCGCUACGUCCAACUCCUGCAGAGAUGCCAAAACGUGUUGAAUCACUGCGUCUGGAGUUAGCCAGCCCGGGCUGAUUUCAACUUGUUUUUUACUGUGGCUUGAGACAGGCAAGCUGUGCAGUUACUUGGCUACUUGUAUUUCUAUUUAAUAUUGCUGACUAAGUUGGGGGUUUUGUGAGUGAGGAUUGUACAGCUGGUUCUUUUCUCCUUUUUUUUAUGUAGCGUUCCCUUUUACUGAAGUGGCCUGUUCCAUGCAUUAGCAAAAUGUCAGGCACACACUUUUUUAAUCUGAGUAAUCCAUAGUGUGCAGUGCAACUCCUAAGUAAAGCUGUGUGAUU